AGGUUACACAUAAACAAAUCUUUUCAGGCAGAAGCACCAAUCACUGUGUGCAAAGAGAGUACAAAAGAGAGCUGCAGACCAGGGAAGAGUUUAGUAGCGAGUUAGGAGGGAAUUAUGGACUUUUUUACAACAUUAAUCUUAGCAGGGCUAAUCUUAGCUCUGCUUUGGCUGCUAAGUGUCCAAAACAGUAGGAAGUAUAAACUGCCUCCAGGACCUACUGCUCUGCCUAUCAUAGGAAACCUGCCACAGCUGCAAAAAGCUGCACCUUUUAAAAGCUUUAUCAAGUUCAGUAAGAUUUAUGGGCAUGUGAUGACACUUUACCUGGGCUGGCAGCGGACUGUCGUUCUGGUAGGAUAUGAGACAGUGAAAGAGGCUCUGGUGGACCAGGCAGAUGACUUUGUAGGCAGAGGCCCACUGCCUUUUUUAAUGAAAGCAACCAAGGGCUAUGGUUUGGGCAUCAGUAAUGGGGAGCGUUGGAGGCAGCUGCGACGUUUCACACUGUCAACCUUAAGAGACUUUGGGAUGGGACGCAAGGGGAUGGAAGAGUGGAUCCAGGAGGAGAGUGGGCACCUGAGAGCCCGGAUAAAUUCAUAUAAAGCCAAGCCAUUUGACCCCACAUUCCUGAUGAGCUGUACCGUGUCCAAUAUAAUCUGUUGUCUGGUGUUUGGUGAGCGCUUCGAUUAUGAUGACAAGGACUUUCUGCACCUGCUCAACAUUAUAGCUGAGGUUUUAAGGUUUAACAGCAGCACCAGGGGUCAGUUGUACAAUGUCUUUCCCUGGCUCAUGGAGCAUCUGCCUGGGCACCAGCACAAAGUGUUUGCGCAUGUUAAGGAGUUGAGAGGGUUUGUCAAAAAGAAGAUCCAAGAGCACAAAGAUACCCUGGAUCCCAGCUCCCCGAGAGACUUUAUUGACUGCUUCCUCAUCCGAAUGGAUAAGGAAAAGAACAUACCAACAAGUGAGUUCAAAUUUGAAAACCUGGUUGCUACAGUGAUGAAUCUGUUCCUGGCAGGGACAGAAACUACCAGCACCACCAUCAGAUACGGCCUUAGUGCGCUGAUCAAAUACCCCAGCAUUCAAGAGAAAAUGCAGAAGGAGAUUGAAACUGUGAUCGGACAAAAUCGUGUUCCCAACAUGGAGGACAGAAAGUCCCUCCCCUUCACAGAUGCAGUCAUUCAUGAGAUUCAGCGUUUUCUGGACAUUGUCCCCUUUAGCCUUCCUCACUAUGCACUCCAGGACAUCUCGUUUAGGGGUUAUACAAUCCCAAAGGGCACUGUGAUUAUUCCCUUGCUGCACUCUGUGCUAAAAGAAGAAAAGCAAUGGGAAACUCCCUGGUCCUUCAACCCCAAGCACUUCUUGGACCAGAAUGGCAACUUUAAGAAAAAUCCUGCUUUCAUGCCAUUUGCUGCAGGGAAGAGAGCCUGUGUUGGGGAGUCUCUUGCUCGUAUGGAGCUUUUUAUCUUCAUGGUGUCAAUGCUGCAGCACUUUACUUUUUCCUGUUCUCAAGGUCCUCACAGUAUAAACCUGGUUCCAGAGUACAGCGGCUUUGCCAAUGUGCCUCGUAGGUAUGAGAUCAUCGCCACGCCACGCUAAAGAGGAGCCUCUCAGAAAGUCUGUCUGUAUUUUUUGUUUGUAUAAAUCCCAUUUACAUGCUUUCUUACCUACAAAAAUGAAAAUGAACACAGAUAAAAUGCA